AAUUUAUUUCUUUUAGAUAGCAGCAAAUAAAUGCUAUAUUUCUUAGGAAGUGUUGAUUACUGACAAAGUAUAUGCUACAGAAACACUUGUCCUCCAGAGGUUAGUGGUUCAGGUUGCUGACAUAUGAUUGCUUGUCUAUUAUUGAUGUGGGUUCAGACCUCCUUUGGGCCAUAUAAUUCUUUCGUGUGGGAAAGCCAUACUGCUCAGUUACAGGUUUACCUAGCCAGGUACCAGCUCAUGAAGAAGUAAUGCCUAUAGGAGCACCUGUGGUCUUCCUGCACCUUCAGAAGCAUGACCUGAAGUUGUGUCAGCAUGACAUUGAACAAUAAAUUAAGUUUAGUAUAAUUUUAAUCACCAUGUUUUGGUAGGCAUGUUUGAAUAGAAUUAAUUUUUGUUGGUUUUUAAAGCAGUCCUUUUCAUACAUAUAAAUUUAAGGUAUUUCUGCACCUUUGAUAACAAAGUUAAGGCCAUGAAUAUUGGAUUAUUUAAUAGAGAUGGACCAAAGCCUACAGACAAGGAAUCAGAGAUUGUUGCAAGCACAAAUAACGGCAUAGAGUCGCAUCAUCGGAUGUUAAAAAAAAGCUAUAUGCAUGGAAAGACUACCUUCAAUUUAACAAGCAUGCUGAAGAUACUUGUCAAUGAGUUCUUUCCAGCAAGGUAUAGAGCCUUUGUUGACAAGAAUCAAGAGUUCUCUGGAAAAUUCAAGAAAUACUCCGAUCUAGUUCCAGUGCCACUUCAGCGUAGGCCUAGACAAUCUAUAAGACAUUGUCUGCAGAAUGUAGAGUUGUCAAAAGAUAUUAACCCGGAUGAUGUUAAGUCCAUUGAAGGUGAUUUCUUCACAGUCGUCUCUGGAAAGAAGACAUACGGAGUGUCUCUGGGUGAUGACAUCCAUGUACCGUUUUGCGAUUGUAUGGACUGGUAUAAAUUCCAUAUGCCAUGCAAACACAUCAUUGCUACAAUAUCCUCAGAAACAGAUAUUAAUUGGCAGCGCCUUAGCACUGUGUACAUGCAGUCAGUGUAUUGCAUUGUAGAUGACUUUGAAGACGUAACUGAUAGGAAUGCAGAUAAUGAAUGUGAGACAUCAGGAGAUGAAGUUGAGAUCAAUGGAACUAAAGAGGCAAACACAGAAUUUGAAGAAGUUACAGAAAGUAAACCAGAUAUGGCGGAUGAAUGUGAAAAAGAAGUCAAAGAAACGAAUGUAACUGAAGAAGCAGUCCAAGGCCAUAGAGAACUGUGGUACAACAUGGAUACUUCAGGUUUUUAG